AUGCAGAGCGAUUUGGAUUUCAUGUCUAGGAAACUCGAACGACAUGUAAAGAGUCUUUCUUUAGUUUACUCUGCUGAGAUUCUCAGCCGUGGGUUCGCGAUCGUUGUUUCGAAGCCUAGUGGUAAAGCUUGUAGAGACGAUAUGAGGUUUUACAUUAGGGAUUUGUUAACAAGGAUGAAGAUUGGGGAUUUGGAGAUGAAGAAGCAAGCUUUGAUUAGGUUGAAUGAAUCUAUGGGAGAAGAUGAUAGGUAUGUGAAGAUCGUUGUUGAGCCUGUUUUGAUUCGAUCUUGUGUGGUUGGUCCUCUGGUUAGGGUUCUUGAAAACGGUAACGUUGUUGGUAGAGUAGCGUCUGCGAGGUGUUUGAUGAACUUAACCGACAAUUCAGAGAAUGUUUGGUCUGUUUCUGCUUAUGGAGGAGUGGCUGCUCUGUUAAAGAUUUGUUCUUGCGGUGAGUUUGGUGGCGAGUUGAUUGCUAGCUCGUGUGGAGUGUUGAGGAAUCUAGUUGGCGUUGAAGAAAUCAAGAGGUAUAUGAUUGAAGAAGACAUGGUUUCUACUUUUGUUAAGCUUAUAGGAUCCAAAGAUGAGGUUGUUCAGGUAAAUUCUAUUGAUCUUUUGUCAAGGAUGUGUUCUAGUGAUGAACAGAGCCGUGAGAUCUUGGUUAGAGAAGGAGGUAUCCAAGAGCUUGUGCUUGUAUCAGAUCCCAAUUCGUUUUCAUCUUCGAAAUCUAAAGAAAUGGCAUUGAGGGCUAUUCAUAACUUGUGUUUUGGAUCAGUGAGUUACUUGAAUGCAUUGUUGAGUGGUAGCCGUUUCUUAGAUCAUUUGCUCUACUUGCUGAGAAAUGGGGAGAUUUGUGUUCAAGAAUCCGCGUUGAAGGUUACAUCAAGGCUUUGUAGUUUGCCGACGGAGGUUAAGAGGCUCGUGUAG